AUGAAGCAGUUAAGAAAGAAAUAUACUAUACUUGGAUUGGUGCUUAUGAGCAUAGAAAGCGCAAUUUGCAUGGGAUUUAAAAUAACAUAUAAACAAUAUGCAAAAAGACAAAGAUUCUAUCCAUAUAAUAUAGCAGAUUCAUUAAGAAAUAAUAACUCAAGUAUAUCAGCUAUUAAAAGAAUAAGUAAUACAUUAUUGCAGAGGGGUAUACUUGACAAUGGCAGUUGUGCGUCAUCUUUUAUGAACAAUCGCCCUAUGCAAACAGAUGGCCAAGCAUUAGAUCUAUCUAAUCCAAUUAAAAGGCCCUAUGAUAAAGACAAUAAUACUACAUGUUCUAACAAUAUUGAAGAAGUUUACUAUAUGAAUGUAGAUAAUACAGAGAAUAAUAUAGAUAAUUUUGUACCAGAUAUAACCCAAAAAUCAAUAAUAGAUCUGACAUCAACACCAACUUCAGAACUAACUCCAUCUACUACUAUUAAUCCUCUUAAAGUAGAUUCUAAUAGUGGCUUGGUUAUAACUAAUGCAUUGUAUUUUUGUGCUGCUAAAAAUCAAUUUAUUAUAAGAAACUAUACUAGCUACAUAGAAACUCCCGAGAAUGCGUUGGUUGCAAAUUACAAUGGAUGGUUUAAAUAUAAAAAAGUAAACCAAAAAAUAGAUGAAAUAAUUAAAAGUUUGAAAAGUGACAUAGAAACAGACAUUUGGACAAUGAUUAAAAAUACAGGCAUAAAGUUUCUUCUACUAAAGACCAUAUUUCAAAAGAUAAUAAAAUUAGACUUCUAUGCUGUUCAAAAGUUCCCUAAUCCAUUAUGCUAUGAUGGAUUUCUAGACGAUCUAGUUGGUUAUAUUAAAAAACAUGGCCAAGUAAUAAUACAUCAUAAUAACAAUGUUAUUUCCUUGCAUGUUAAUAAGAGAAUAGAAACUCUUGGAGAUGUCUGGAUAAACAAAGAAGUAAGUUUAUACUGCUGCUGCUGCGGUAUAAAUAGUCAAAUAGUUACAGAAGGAACGGAAAAGAAUAUAAAACUUAAAAAAAAUUGA